AUGCGUGACGAUAUUUUUAAAAAGUUAACGUUUGGCAUAAAGAAGACCCAGAGGCAAGUGACGAAGGAUGACGAAGAGGACGGUGCUUUUGCGGCAUUGCGACUUCGUGUUCUACCUGAAAAUAUAAAAGAGGAGCUAAGAAAACUCAAAAGAAAACUAAAAGGAGAGAAAAUCCACCGUGAAAAUGCCAAAAAUGAUGAAGAUGAUGGAGGAAUUAAACUACUUUCUGAAGGUGGGAGUGUUGGCGGCCAUGGAAACCAAUCCGACUCGGAAAAUGAUGUCAAUAAUAGCAUUGAGGUCAAGAGAAAGAUUGCUGAGAUGGUUAACCAACUUCGUCGCUUAAAUCGUAUCUACACCUGGGGUGAUGACAUUCCUGAUCCAUUUAUUGGCUUUUUCGAGCUCGAUUUGCCGGAAGCAUUGUUAUGUUCUCUGAAAGAGUUCGGAAUUGAAGCGCCGACUCCAAUUCAAAUGCAGGCCAUUCCACUCAUGGCUGAACAUCGUGAUGUUCUUGCCAGCGCUCCUACAGGAUCCGGAAAAACUCUAGCAUUUGCAAUUCCAAUUAUCAUGGACGUUUUGAGGCUGAAGAAGCUGGAUAAGUAUAAGGAUAGCUCGAGGUUAUUAGCAAUUGUCUUGGAACCUACUAGGGAACUAGCAGCUCAGACAUAUCGGCAGUUUCUCAAGUUCAGUCAAGACCUCCCUGUAACCGCCGCACUUUUUGACAGCGAGGAACUACCUCGGAAUAUAGACGUUUUGGUUUCAACCCCAAAUCGGCUUACUCAUCAUUUGAAGGACAUGAAACUGAAAUGUCUAAGAUGGCUUAUUGUGGAUGAGAGCGAUCGUCUUUUCGAGGUUGUCGAAGGACAAGAACGUUGUUUCCGCAAUCAGUUGGCCACUGUAUAUAAAGCCUGUGAUGGAAAGUUCACUCGGAGAGCUUUUUUCAGUGCCACUUUCUCUUACGAAGUAGAAGAAUGGUGUAAAGAAAAUUUGAACAAUGUAGCAAUGGUAUGCAUCGGAGAAAGGAACUCAGCGAACUCGAACGUUGUGCAGGAGUUAGUGUUUGCUGGCUCGGAACACGGUAAACUUCUAGCUGUAAGAACGCUUUUGCAAACUCAGUUUGACCCACCUGCUUUGAUUUUUGUACAGAGUAAAGAACGAGCUAGAGAGUUAUUGUCAGCUUUAUCAUCACUGACUCCACCGAUUCCUGCAGCCUUCAUUAGUAGUGAAAAGUCGCAAAGUGAGAGAGAUCACAUAGUAGAGUCGUUCCGUUCUGGUCGAUUAUGGGUGUUGAUCUGCACAGAGUUGAUGGGACGGGGUCUUGAUUUACGGAAUGUGAAUCUGGUGAUCAAUUUUGAUCUGCCAACAUCGAUUGUCAGUUACAUACACCGAAUAGGUCGAACAGGGCGUGCGGGUCGAAAAGGUCGUGCGAUAACGUAUUUCACUGAAGCUGACACUAAGUAUCUCAGAUCAAUAGCUACUGUAAUUCAUCAGGCUGGAUUCGAAGUGCCAGAGUACACUCUUAGUUUGAAGCCGUUGAGUAGGAAUCAGAAGAAAGAGUUAGUUCGGCAUGCACCCAAACGGAAACACAUCGCCUUUAUCAAAAAGAAGUCAGUUAAGACGAAGGACAGCAAGGAUGCCGAAGGACCACCAGUUAAGAGAGCUAAAAUUAAUAAAAGUGCUAGUGCUCCGAAAUCGAAAUCUGGGGAUUCUGUUGAAAAGAAGUCUGGUGGUGCGAGAAUCGAGAACGAGAGAGAUAAGAAGAUGUCCAAAGUAGAUUUAUGCGCAUUUUUUCAAAGGAAAAGGCUUCGAAAUCCUUCCGACUCAGCAGAGAUGAAGCGUCUCAACAAGGACGUUAUUCUCCACCUAUGCUCUUUCCUUGACCUUGGAGCUUUGACCAGUUUGGCAGCAGCUUAUCCGCAACUGUCUUCGGAAAUUUUUCGAAUUUUCAAGAAAACGGUUUGGGCUUUCAAAGUGAGAGUUCUACCGCAGUACACAAGUUUGCAAUACUUCUUUCUUGUGAAGCCUAGCGGGGAUUGUUCUGACGACAAAGCCUUGCAGGAUAGCUUGAAGGUGAACUUAGUGUUAGGACAAUGGGAGGAGCUGCACGAAUCAACUCGUAGAGACGUACCGUACCAUUUGAUGCACAUCACUUGCUUGGAUGUCACUCAGUUAGGUUCUGCUGUUGUAUCGGAAGAAAUGGUGGAAAUCCUUGGAUCAAUGAAGACAGACCAAUUAAGUCUGAAAUACGAGAAUCGUAGUGAAGGAAAGAAAAUCCUUGAAAGGGUCCCACUUUACCCUGGAGCCACCCUAUACAUACAUGAACUGUCGUUUAGUGAAGCAACGGAACCUCUUAUUCAACCACUACAACUCGUCAAUGUCAAGGAUCUUUGGUUCUGUGGCGAUAUUUUGAAGAAAGACUUUACAACCUUAUUAUCGUCGAAUAUACCCUCUUUGUGUCUAACAUUUGAUCGAUUACAACAGGACUGUGUCAUAACUAUACGGGAGUUCAUCAAAAGUUUUCUCGACGGGAAAAGGAGCCAAACUAGUUGCAGGAUCGGCGCUAGCGGACAGCAGCUUCGAAAUGUGUUCGAAAGCCUCGCUGGCGUUGGAGAGGAUUGUUUGAGUAGCGGGCCUCGACAAGUUCAUCUCAUCACAGCCCUCGAAGAAACCCCUAUACAUUGCUUUAUAGAUGCUUUAAAUACGGUUAUGGUAGAAAACUUAAACGGAGAUGUGAUUUUCGACAUCUGCAAGUUCAUGGAUCUACCCUCCAUCGUCAGCCUUGCUGCCGUUUAUCCGCAGAGAUCACUGGAUAUAUUCCGUGCGCUGAAGAAUCGUGUAUACUCGUUGCGAGUGGAAAUAGUGCCCCAACAUAUCUCCGUCGAGUACUACGAGAUGAAAAAUGAAACCGAAAAGGACAAAUACUGGAUUUUUGAGAAACUACCAGUCCUGCCACAGGCUAUUUGGGAGCAUAUUCCAUUUGCUAUGUUGCAUACGGAAUGCCUUGAAAUUACUCAGGGAGCGCAAAUUCCUGAAGAUGUUGAGAAGAUCUUGAAUGAGCUUGUCAUUCACUCCAUGUCAUUGCAGUUUGUUUGCCGACUUGAGGCAAAAAAAGUGCUAGAACUAGUGAAGUUCACUUCUGGAGCACGGUUAAGCGUAUUUGAGUUAUCGAAAUCGUUGGCUAGUGAGUUUUUGAUCCCUCAAAGGUUGUUCGAAGACGGUGACGAACUGGUUUUUGUUGCCGAUAUGUUGUCCGACGAAUUUCAUCGUGUUCUGUGCUCAGCAACUCGCUAUGUUUUUGUUACUUGCGAAAGGCUUCGACCAGAAUUUGCAGUCAUGAUCCAACAUUACAUUGAGCGCUUUCUGAGAGAUGAUGUUUCACAGCUCACUUUCUCUCUAAGAACGUCAAGCAGGAUUCUUCGAGAGAUUUUUGAGAACGUUGCCGGCAAAGGAGAGGUGCUUGUACGUAACGGAACGAAACAAGUCGAAUUUUCAUACGAUCGCGGAACAUCGGAGUUGUUUUGUUCAACUUUAGAAUAG